GAAAACAGCAGUUUGUCGUGUCGUGAGGUUUGUAUGCAAAUUUUUAAAAAUCUGUCGUCUCCUGGUUUCCAGUUCGCUUGCAUCAGUUAACUCGUGCUGGGUUGGGUUAUCUUAUAUUAAGUAUUGUAUUGUGAAAACAACCCAAAGAGCAAAUGAAUGGUUGAAUUCUAGAGCUUGUUUAUGCGUUCGUUAGGGUCUCGUAGUUAGGGAUACCAAAUCCAGCCUUUCGGAUGCUUUCGGUAGUGUGAGCGAGCAAUACUCGACAAUAUGAUAUUUACAAAGUUUUCGAUUGCACUGUGACAAUGGAUCGUUGAAUUCAUCUUACAACUCCAACUGUAUUGGUCCUUAUUUUCAUAAUUACAAUGAAAGGCUUUAGGGAAAGCUUAUAAGAGCGUUGAAGGAGAACUUUUAUUUUGUGCUGAAUUCUCGUUAUCAUUGGUUGCCUUUCAUGUUUUUUAUUGACAGCGAAUCGUGACGUAAGGAACGCAAUCUCAUGACCCAUAAUUCUUCUCUGGGAAAGUGGCGUGAAGUUCAACAUGGCGAACCACUGUCAUGCAGACAGAGAAGAAACCUUUCGAUGAAGUUGAAUGUCACGGGACUCAGGAAAAACAGACAUCGAAACCAUUUUUUGGUCUAUUACCACGUUAUACGCUACGUUUAACGACGGGAUUGAAACAAAAAGCUUGUGAGAACUGGGGAAGCUUGAUCGAGGAAACCGCUGUGUAAAGUGCGACAGAAGUAUUUCUUUACAAAAUGAAUGAGCGUUCAAGUUCGCCAGAGAUCGAUGUGGUCGGUAGUGGAGAUCAUUCGGAAAUGUUUAACUCAAGAAGUGGUAGAUUGUAUCUGGAGUCGACAAACUGGGCUCACAGAAGAAACCCUUCGCGUUCGGCGAAUGAAAAUGGCGCGAAUCGCCUCGCGGCAAAUACAAACAAUGAAAGAAAUCAAUCGGAAACCGUGAACCUUCGAGUUCGAAACAUGGGAUUUAUUACAGUGAAAAAAGAACCCGAAUCAGAGGAUGACAACGAAGGUGGUUAUUCUCUUAGCUCCUUGCUUGAAGAAUGUGAUUUUGACAAAACAUCGCGUCGAAGGGCUCUGAAAUCGCCUACAUCACUUGCCUUGUCUAAACCGAAGCCUAUGGAAUCCGCCAAACCAGCACCGUUUUCGCAAGGACGACCGAGGCAAAGCUUGGAAAAUGUCAUAAGUUCGUUAAAAUCUGCAAGAGCCAUGAGUGAUAACAAACCUGCUCCAAUCAGCAGGCCAGUUGUGAUGCGUCCUCAAAUUGUCUCUGCCCCAACUCCUGUGUUUUCCUCCCCAGGAACAAAUGGACCCCAGAUUGUUGAUGUUCGAUCCCUUGCAUCAGUGGCAAGACCACCUAUCAAACAACCUGUACCAAUCAGGGGUAUGCUCCCAGCCCAAUAUCAAAUAUCUAUGGGUUCAGCUCUCAAUGCAGGGCAUCCACGAAGGUGUGCAGCAAAUUCAGCUACCAGUGUGCCUAAUUCUAACACACCAGUUUCUACUACAGCUCAAACAACAGUUAUUCCGAGUACAAAACCAGUAAAUAUUCGAUUUGUUUUGCCUGCCAAUGUGCCUUUCAGUACGGAACAAUUUCAGCAAGUUCUCCAGGCUACUCUAGCGUCAGUUGCUAGCAGUACAAAGGUGAUAGAACCAAAUCAGUUGCAGCAAGCAAUACAGGCAGCAUUGACCUCUGUCACCAAAUCUACUGUUGCUUUUAAUCCAGAACAACUUCAAGAAGCCAUUAAAAGUUCUUUAGCUGCUGCUGGAACAGAUUCAGCACCCAUCUCUCAAGUUAAGAUGGCAACUUUAUCUCCAACUGCUGUUUAUUUGCCAAGAGGUACACAGAGGCAACCACAAACAAUAGCACCAAAGCCGCCACCAUUACCGCAAAAGCCGACUGUUAUGCGUGUUGAGACAAGCUAUGGUAGCAAUGAUCCCCCCUCUGUAGUUAGUUUGCCACCUGCUUCAGUAGCCUCUGCAGUAGCAGUAACACAGGCUAGUAACAAUUCUCUCCCAGUGGAACGUAAUCUCAGCGAUAAUCAGUCAAGUUCAGAAAGUAUUAGUAUGUCCACUAAUUUGAGCACAGCAAGAGAUGCACUUAUCAAGGCUCUUCAGAAAAAUCGAGUUUUAAACAGUCCAGCCUCAUGCACCAUUUCUCCUCCUAGUGCAAGUCUUGCAUCGUCUGCAGUCACAUCUGCUAGUGCUGAGACAGAGUCGUUUGAUUUUGACUCGUAUUCGCCCCCAUCAUCUCCUGUAGCACCAGUGUCAGUUUCUUCUACGGAUGAGACUGGUCAGGCAGUAUCAUGUUCUAAUAGCAGUCUUACUGGAUCUACACCUCUAACAACAUCAGUUGCUACACCUCUAACAACAACAGUUGCUACACCUCUAACAACAACAGUUACUACACCUCUAACAACAACAGUUGCUACACCUUUAACAACAACAGUUGCUAACAGCAGCAAUACAGAUGCUCUUGAUUCACAAAAGGUGUCUACAUUGCCACAGGGAAACCAAUUGAAUACUUCCACAAGUUUCAGUGGAAGAGCUCCAGAGCUAUCAAACAGACACGACUCCAUUACCCCUAUGAAUGUAAAUCCUACCGCAAAGAUUGCAACAUCUUCAAAGGCAGAGAAUGUUAAUGGUCCCAAUCCCCUGCUGGUACCCUCUGCAGCCCCCAUGGCAGCUUCGAAUACCACAUCAGUAAAUUUGCAGAUUUCUCUACCCGUCAAUAUAACACCUGAACCUGUGAGCAUUAGCAAUGUCAAAAAGCCUGCAGGGAAAGGAAACAAGCCUGCCCCUACAGGUUGCGGAUGUUGCUCAAACUGCAAAAAUAUGCCUGUACCAGAUAAAGAUACCUAUGACUGCAACCAUAAGGGAUGUGGCGCUGAGUACACUACUCUACGAGGACUCAGAACGCACCACUAUUACCACCCCACUCACAAACCACUGUUUCCUGUUGAAAAAGCAGCCAAUUCAGUGGAAUAUUUUCUACCCUCUGAACUUGCCAACUGUCACCGCAGUGCGAGACUGCGUGAACUUUUAAAGCAUCUCACCAAUGAAGAAUUAAAAGAAAUUUUCUUACCCCGUGUUGCCAAGACAUUUUCACUUUUUGAGUUAUUAGAAAUGAAGUCUGUUCGUGCUAAUACCGCUCGUGGUCAAGUAUCUGUGUCUGCUUUUAAAAUGUAUAGCGAGUUUGAACGUUUCAGAAAAGAGGUGGAGAACAGGUUGAUGGAGCUGAUUAUGUUGCCUCAGGGAAAAGGGGGCUUUGUGACUGAAAAGAAGAAAGAAGCUCGCAAGGAUGCACCUGCAGUUAACACAGCUAAAAGUGAUACCAAACCAGAAAGCUCGCCCAAACAACCACCAACAGUUUCUGAUUUAAGUUCCAGCAAUUCCUCUGUUACAAAGAAGAAAGCAGAAACAAUUGUCAUUGAUGAUACAAAAGGCAAACAGAGCACUGUUGCUGCCACGACUGAAUCACUGAAGAAUGGUAUAUCAGCUGUUAAACCUUCUCCAAGUCAAGAAGAUAGUUCUAGUGGCAUAUUCCCUAAUGUUUAUGAAGGGGAGAAGACUACCAAGGGCCCAACUCCUGUAGAGGAGAAAUUGGAUGCUUCAGCUAGUGAAUCUGGUGAAAAGAAGCUUGCUGACAAGGAGUCGAAGCAAUCAGAUACAUUGGCACAGUCUGCUAAGGAAGGAAGUGAAGCAGCGAACAGCGCUAAGCUAUCAGAUGAAAAAUCAAGCAAUCAGCAGUUAGAGUCAGAACGGGUGACCCAAACCAAAAGCAGUUUUACUGUUACCAAGGACUCUACAUCAGAACCAAUGGAAACUGGUGAGCUUCAGAGAAAAGAAGUUAACACUGCAGAAAAAGAAAAGCAGAAAUCUCCUUUGACAGAUGUUAUAAUGGUGGAUGCAGAGGAAAAAAUAGAACCUGUGAACAAAGAAAGUGAUUUGCUUUUAAUGCGAGAAGGAAAGGAAACAACCUCGCAAGACCCUUCUGAUGGAAAGAUUGGAAGUAAAACUCCAGUGUGUAAUGCGGAUGAGAAUAAAUUGAAGGUCUCAACAGAAAAUGAAAAGCAGUCUGCAGUCUCUAGUGGAGUGGAAAAGUCUCAGGGACUAAGUGAAAAACAAGUAAUUUGUGUUGAAGAAGAGCAUAAAGGAGCGACUACAGCAGUGGGGAAACAAUCUGUGGUAGCUGAGAAGGAAAAAAGUAUGCAAGCUGAAAAUGACAAAGCUGUAAACACUGUUAAAGGUCUUGGCAAUAACUCAAACUCAGGCAGUAAUCUGUGCAAAACUAAAGAUGUCACAGUAGUAGAAAGUACUGAAAAAAAUAUGGCUGGUAGUGGAAACAGAAAGGCACCACAAGUUUCCCUGACAACAGAUAAAGAUUCAAAAGACCAUUCUGUCAAAGAAAAAGUAGUUGAAGAGGGAUGUAAAGAGAUUGAUAGUGGAGGAAAGGAGACUAGCAAGGUUUCAAAAGCAAAUCAGGAAAGUAAUGAAUCAAAUGAACAGUUCACUUCACUGACGCAAUCUCAGGAACCCAGUGAGAAAGGCACUGAGGAAGAGAAACAAGGUUCAUCUUGUACAGUACCUUCCAAUGCUGAUUUGACUGAUAGCAGCACUUCAAACAUGCAAACGGAAGCAAGUGAUACACCAUUGCGUAGUGAACUAAAAAGAAGGCUUAUCGCGUACUCUAUUGACGAGGAUGAAGGGAUUAAUGAAAACAACCUUUUGGAGUUUGGUCUUCCAUUUGCAGUAAAGUGGGGUAAAGUUAUCAAAAAAAUCGAGACAGUGGAAGCCAGGAAAAUAGCAAGGAGGGAAAAUUAUACAGAUCAAGACAUGAGACAGUUCAUUUAUGGUAAACCAAAGGAUGCGGCAAAUGUUGUUGUAAGUGCUGAUUGCCAUGCUCAUCCAAGUUUCUACAGAGCGUAUGUGAUGCCAGCGUUGCUAGACAAGCAUAUUGACGAUUUUGGCCUCUUUGGAAGGAAAAUCCUAAGCGGACUGAACUUGUCGAGGAAAAAAUAUGUGGAUGUUCUUAGAUCCAGCAUUGGCCCUGAAUUAGCGAAGAUUGUUGGAAUAAACAUUUUCCCAACUUUUAAAAGAAUUAUGGAUACAUGGGAGAUGGUGAAGGAUUUGCCACCUGGAGGAACUGUGAAAACACCGCUGGUGCUGAUCCCUAGACCUGAGGAUGGUCGAGAUGUUCCUGAUGAUGAGGAUGAACCGGCGCCUACCACUGCCGUUGUUUGUCGCACAGCAACUAAUGUGCAGAAUGUUGUGACCAGGGUGAAUGAUACCUUCAAGAGGCUAGGUCCAACUGGAAAUGAGCUUAAUGGUAACAACAAGAGACCAAGACUGGAUACCUCAGGUACGUAAACCUUAGUCUCAAUAGUGAUGAAAAUCAGUUUUCUCCUUACAAUGUUAAUGCCUAAUCCAGAGAAAAGGUUAUGAGAAUUUAUAAAAUGAUCACCUAAGGGGAAAUGCGUUGAUCUGUUUUUAGAUUUUCAGAAGGUUAGUCUGGCAAAUUUGUAUGUGGAUAUCAGGGGUGGGGGGGGGUGCUUAAAGGGCUAAAACUGUACUUUUUACUGUCAAGACACAGGUAGAGCCAAUUUAGGGUGUGUAGGAUAGGUUCCUUGGCAACUUGAUGUAAUGUCAAAUUUUCCCUCUGUUUCACAAUUUUUUCAGAUGUUUUCCAUGCACCUGUUUUCAUCAUUUUUAUUUGUUGUCAUUUAAUGGGGUGGAUUAUUACUAUUAAGGGAACCUCAACUGUUGUAAUAAACGUGAAUUUAUUUCUAUUCAGUAAAACAUUUUUAUAGUAUAGUCACAAACCACAUAGAGAAAUUUCCCUGUUUUGCUUUUAAUUUUCCAGUGCUCGGCUAUUUUGAGUAAAUAAAUUAUGACAAGUGUUGAAGGAAAGUGUGGAAAAAUAGCCUGCAUGACUGCUAGAUACUCCUUUCAGUUUUCCUUUGUAUAUGCUAAGUUUCGGUUGCUGUCAUUGGUGUGAAUUGUGCAACAGAAAAUGUAUGUAAUUUAUCAGUUCUUGACAAUAGUGGCAACCAAGCAAUGCAUAGCAAGGCUGUGGUGUAACCGAGCUGGGUGGCUUCUGGCAUCCAACUUUUGCUUUCAGGGGUUAAGAAAACUUUAGUUUUUUUCAUACAAGUCACAUGCUAGGCACCCGAGAUUUUACAGGUUCAGAGAACUUUGGUCUUAGAGCCAGCCUUGCAUGUUACACAGAAUUACAGCUUGUGGGAAACUUAUCAGCAGAAAUGAGUGAGGAAACACAGCUGUAUUCUUAGGUUAUGGGUAAUUAUGUCUGAGACUUUAUAUUCUGACAGUUGAUUAUUAUUUCUAAAUUCUGAUUUACAUGGAAUUUUCAAUACAAUAGAUGCCCCAAAAGAUACCACUGAGACAAGCAAAGCUCAGAAUGACUCUUCUGCGAGAAUUGUACCUCAGCCUAACGUCACUGAGAAGGGACAGAAGCCUGAUAGCACAGAUAGUACGAGUACAGGAAAGGAACAGCAGUCAGACAGUAAAAACCAGCCAGCUGAAUCAAACAAGGGUCAAAAUGGACAGUCAGCAUCUGAAAAACCAGCAACAGAGAAAGGUAUGUGAAGCAGUUUGCAUGUAUGGUACAUGUAUAAUAUUGAGCCCACAUGAAAGCUGACAUCCCAUACAUCCAGGGUUGUCAGAAAAGUUUGAAAUAGACGGCUGAGUUGUCAGAGUAAGUGGCCAGUCCAGGGAUAUAAUUUAAAAAACGCUAUCUGUAAAGAAAUGCCAACCAGAGUAGCUGGCCGAUAGUAACCAAGUAGGCCGCGAUUUUCGCUGGCAUCCGGCUACUUUUCACAACCCUGGACAUCAUGAAUGCCUUUGUUUAACUCCUGCUGUACAAAGUUUUCGAGUCAAAGCAUGGAAAGAGAGAAAAUAUCAUCUUUCGGGUGCCAUUUUUUAACGUUCUCAUUUCUUGAAGGUCCCUAGUAAUAAUUAUUAUGGUGGGCUCCUCUUGUUGCCCGUGAUCCUAAUCUCCAAGUUGCUGUUUCAUGUGUGGCUAGCAUUCAUUUGGACUUCCACUGAGAAUGAAUGGAAUGCAAAGUGCAUUGCUGGAGUAAGAGCCUUUGCAUUGAUCUCACCUACACUCCCUAACUUUUGGUUAUUACUAGCAUACCUUUUAUGUUUUACAUUCGGUCUAAUAAUUAAUAAUGGCAAUAGGACUGAGUGGAGUCCAAUUCGGUCUGUAAUCAUUCGAGUGAUUAACAAAAGUGGAAGAUCGCAUAGCUGGAAUCUGAUUUGUGUAAUCACAAGUAUGAUUACAGACCGAAUUGUGCGAGAAGAAGAUCUGUUACCAAUUGAUCAUAACUAUAUAACAAAAUUUGUGAUAUUUUAAGCUUUUUUUAAUUAAAACACAAAUUCCCAGAGUGUUUUUGUUAGCAGUAAAAAAAGCCAUUCAAGUGCGUGCGUGCGUGUGAUGGCGUGUACUGUCCUAUUACACUGUGCUAUUAGUGCUGAAAUCAGGACAGUUGAUAGCCAAUCAGAUUUGAGAAUUUUCUUACAGUUAUGAUAAAAGAUUGGUUUGAAGCAGGAAUUGCUGUGUCUCCCAGCCCUAAUUAUUCAUGAUUUUAAAUAAUAAUAGGUGUUUAGAGUUUGGAGAAAUUGAUGAGUUUGAUGCAUUUAUUGAUUUAUUAAUUGAUAAUUAAUCUUAAAAAUUGCAAGCUUUGCUCUCAGAAAAAUUAAAAGGAGCCCAGUGCUCUGAACCUGUGAAAUCUAGGCUGCCCAGCAUAAUAUGUUUCUAUGAGAAAGAUUUAUUGAAUAAAUCUUAGUCCUUGAAAACUUGUCCUAAAAAAACCUUCAAAAUCUUUGAAAUUUGUUUGGCUGGAGCUGUACGAACCAUGUAGCAGCACUCUGCACAGGAUGACAAUAAUCAUGAUUUGAAGUACAGCAGAAGCUUUAAUUUGAACUGCCAUUGGCCUGAAGAGGGUCUUUAUUCCAAGGUUAACUGUAUGUUGCCUCGUGUGAUUUUUCCUGUCUUGUUGUUAUAGGAUCUGGAGAUAGUGGGAGAGGAUCUUCAAGUUCAACAGUUGCAUCCCAGAAAGAACCAGCUGCGAGCACGACAAGUGGUAAGUUGUUUCACUACUCUAAUGCAGUUGAUCAUGAACUACUCCACAACAGCCACCUUAGAGAGGUUUUAGAGAGGUUUACAGUAAUGGCAGGUCAAGUGUACCCCCCCCACAAGUUCGUUGAAUCCAUUGGUAGUUGUAACUUUCAGUUUCAUCUUUGCACUCCUGCAUACAUAACGGCCAGUGAAUUCACAUGCAAGGUAGUCAUGCAAUUUGUGCCAGCUCAGUUUUCUUGAAUUUAACGUAAAUUGUUUCCUUUCAAAGAUUUUUUAAUCUGACCGAAUACAGAGGAGUUAUCGUGAAAUUUCACUGCUCAUUACGCAUGCAGGAAUGCAGAUAUGAAUUUGAGACUGGUCUCGGCAACAACUAAUGUAUUCAUUUUACAAAUAGUCGACUUAUUAAAGCAGUCAUGACCUACCUUGACUGUAAACAAGAGUUAAUGUGUAGAUUAUUUGUCCAUGAAGAGGUGGCCAUUAGUGGAGAUUUUACUGUACAACCCUAGGAGUUGUGUUUCCAGUGUGCAAAGAAAGUGGUUUCUGAUAGCUCGGGGCUAGUGGAUUUUGCUACUGGGCUAGUGAAUUCUGUUCUCAACUUGCCCAACAGGCAGGUAAAAUUUUGGGGGGAAUUCAAAUAAUUACAGAAGACUGUAAUCAAUCCCAGUCAUCAAAAAAAAUUUUUGGGGCUAGUUUAAGUGACUCUUGGGAUAGUACAUUCCAGCUACGGCUUGCCCGAUUAGCAAGCUAUAAAACUGACUUUCUUUGCGCCCUAGGUGGGAUACUUUCUUUUGUGGCCUAAACGGGUGGGUGCUGCAAACAGGGUAUGGCUUUCAGGUUCUCAAGUUUUAAACAGGGUAUCAAUGAUUUUGUUGCAAAUGGUCUUGCCGAGUCACAGGACUCUUCUUGUGAAAAAUCAUGAGUCCCAGUCCAGAACCAUUAGGUCCCAGUUCAAAAAGCAAUGAGCCCAAAAUUUAAAGUGCAUGGGCCUUUAUGUAACCAGACAGUUAAUCUGAAGACAGACUCCAAAACUCUGUACUAUAAUAAUAAUAAUAAUUAAUUCAUUUUGGUGCGCUUUUUAACAUACUAGGUGAUCAAAAGGGUAUUACAACAAUAAAUAACCUGAAAACUAUACAAAUAUUAGAUAUAUACAAAUAUAUUUAAUAUCUAAGAGAUAUUAGGAAGAGCAUUCCAUAAAGUGGGCACAGCCACACUGAAGGAUCUGUCACCAAAUGACUUUUUAAUUUUCCCUGACAGAUGCUUUAAUAAGACACCUUCAUUAGAGUGCAACAAAUAGUGCGUAUUAGUCCUAGUGUGAAUUAAAUCAAUGAUGUAACUAGGUGCCAUGCCACUGAGGGCUUUGAAAGUAAGUAAUAAAAUUUUAAAAUAAAUUCUACCGUAUUUAUUCGACUAUAAGGCGAGCGAUUUUUACACAAAUUAAAACUGAAAUGAAUUAAAAUUUGGGCUCUAGAGGGGGUCUCGGCUUAUAGCCGAAAGUUUUUGAAAAAAAAGUUUUUCCGGCGCAUGGAAACUCUACUAAAUCGAGAUGUAUUUACGUACAAGCCGAGCUAAAGUAAAGAAACACAAUAUGCCGUUGUUGGUUAUUAACUUUUAAGAAUGUGGUGGCUCCUAAAGGAGCCGUUUGUUAAAUUUAAUGUGUUUUCACAGAAAAAAUAAAGGUUCUUGAUAGGCAAUAACCGUGACGCUGACAAGAUGUGAUUACAAAUCGAUGGAACUUGACUGUUUGUUGCUCCAAAUCUUCUGGGAGACGCUGAGUGAGUGUUGUUUUGGUGCGAAGGCUGACGGAAUGGCAGCACUUCCAUUUCUGGUACCAGCCGAGGGACGCUUUAAACUCAGGAUCCUCGCUGAAUCCUUUGCCUUUAGACAUAACAUCAAUCCACUAACAGCUAUUCCUAUGCAAAACGAAGUGAGAAGGUUACCAAACGAUCGAAAGGUUAAAAAUUUGACGCGUUUUGAAUUUGUUUUGACAUUUGUGAAAACUGGCCAAUGAGAAUCUUUCAUACACAAUGUUGUCAGACAUUCAACUAAUAUUCACUCUGCAAUCAGCUGAUUGAUUUAUUUCGUGAUCUUAAAAUACAAAAUCAAUGCUCGACAAAAAACUUACCUUGGCUUCUCUGCUCUGUAAACCAUUCCAGUAUUCUUUGAUCGAGCUCCGGAUACUUCGGCGUGAAGCAUCCCAUCGUCUUCCGUUUCGCUGACAAUUUAAUUUCGCCGUUAAAAAGGUUCGCUUGAUCUUUCCUCCAGCGACGGACCAUGGACCCACUGAUGCCAUAUUCUCUGGCGAUUUCAGAGUUAUUUUCAACAGCUUCUGCUUCAGCGACUAUUUCAAGUUUAAACGCGAAGUUGUAUGACGUGCGACAAGCCUUGGGGAUGAUGACAACAUGAAUUGAAAUAAACGAUUGCGAACACGAGAUUGUUUGAUAGACACUACGGAUGUCUAGGUACUGGUGAUGUGGCUUAACAUCACAGUUAGUUUUAAAUUCAUUUUUUGGAUCACCUUAAUUCAUCUGAGUUAUGAUUCGUUGCUUUUCAAUUGAAUAGUUAGUUACGGGUAAUAUCAAUCGUGUGUGAUUUAUUUUUGCACAAUAAAUCACCAUUGCAUCUCUUGUAUACGCGCAUGUGUGUUAUCGUCUAAGCCUCAUUUAUGACAGUCAAUGUGAUUUUUUUCUGAAAAUGUUAGGUUUUCCCGUAGUUAACAAUUCAGUCUUGUAAUAAUGAAUGGGUCUCAGCUUAUAACCGGGUGUUUUCGAUUUAUUUUUGGUUCUCAUUAUGCCGAGUCUACACGUUCAAAGUUUGGGGUCUCGGCUUAUAGUCAAAUAAAUACGGUAUAGCUUACUGGUAACCAGUGUAAAUUUAUCAGAAUCGACGUAAUAUGGUCAUACUUUUUACAUGACAUAAGCAGCCUAGCUGCAGUGUUCUGUACUCUUUGCAACUUAGCUAUUUCACAGUCCGGUAAUCCAUAGAGAAGUCCAUUACAAUAAUCAAUUCUACUUGUAACGAAGACAUGCAACACCAUUUCUAAUUUAUCCCUAGGCAGAAAUUGGCUUAUUCUCUUGAUAUUAUGUAACCAGAAAAAUGCCACACUACAAGACGUAGAAAUAUGGGUCGAUAUAGAAAAAUGCAAGUCGAACCAGGCACCCAGUAUACUGAAAUUAGAACAUAGUCCUUUUAUUUUAAAGCACAACGAAGGUUACAAGAAAUAAAUUAUGCAUUGUUAAACAACAGCCAUAAUAACUGCCACAGUAAUUACACAAACAGAGUAAUUAUUUCUACAAAAAUACAUGUUCAGAUCGAUCGAUCUCUGCAUCCUACAGGAUGCAUGCCAUGAAUUGUUUUGCAUCUUUGGGGAUUUUUAUGCUUCAUGCACGCAGGACGCAGAGGUAACAAAAUCACUGGGUUUGAAAUGCCUCUAUUUAGCAUUUCGAAUCCAAUUCGAAAUGCAUAAUAGAGAAAUGAGAAGUAAGUAUAGCAAUAAGAACAAUUAUUUAUGGCUUAAGAAGGUUCUUACAAAUGGUCAGCCAUGUAUCUUUUAUUGAUCUGGUUAAGUUAUUAAAAAGAAAUUCACCUGAUUAUCUUAACAAUCAGGUUUUUCCUAGCAUUAACUUUGGUUUGGUAAGUUAAUGUUGUUACUUCUGUAAUAAAUGCAAAGAGGAUCCUCUCAGUUUAUGACCUAACUUAUGCAUUUGCGAAAAGAAAGAGUGAAAAAGAUCGUGCUUGCCAGGAUUGAAAUGCUGACAUAUGAGUCUGUGAUACUUGGUUUUCUACCUCAGUUGGUUAGUGCUGUGAACUGGUAUCACGGAGUUCAUGGUUCUAAUCCCAGCAAGCCUGUUGUUUUCUUUUUCAGGUCUUCUUUUUGCAACUGCAUAAGUUGUGUCCUAAACUGCAAGGAUUGUCUUUGCAUUUAAUUCGUCAUUCCAUGGUACAAUGUAUGAAAUUCAUGUAUACAUUCCCUCAACUUCAUCUUGUCUCAUUAGUGUACCGUAAACUGUACGAUUUUCUAAUGAAAUAAUCUAAUAAAUAUAGAAGAACUUCAGUUGACCCUCCACUUAAGGCCACCUCUCCACAAUGGCCACUUCUCUACAACUGAAUGGCCACUUGACUUGACUCUUGUUUAAAUCUCUCUACAGUGGCCACUUUCUUCUGCCCCCGAGGUGGCCAUUGUGAAGAGGUUCAACUGUAAUUCAUUCAGACAUUUAAAAUCUAAAGUGCACUUGUGGGCUUCCCUCUGUGCUUCCAAAUCCACCCUCCUUAAUGUGUUCUAUUGAUUUUUUGCUAGGUGCAACAGCUUCAUCUUCCCAAAGUAAGCCAUCUACCACUUCAAGUCCACCACUGAUCAUACCAAAAAAGGCAACAAUCUACACCAGUGAAACCAGUAAGGCAGGAGGUUCUCCAUUACCCCUCUCUUCUGCAAAAGGUUCUCCAUUAUACCUGGUUCCUGUGGAAAAACUUGCUCCCAAACUUGUUGAACAAUUCCUCAACCAAGCCAAAGGAGAUGGUGUCAAGACGCGGAGUUCUAGCAGCGCUAAGAAACCUAAACAGGCAAAGCAAGGCUCUCAGGUGUUUGUCCUGAUUCCGCCAUCCAACCCCAGUGGGAGUCCUACCAUACAGACGCUGACUUCUGAAGAACAGCUGGAGGGUAGCGGGGAUAAGAAGCCGCUGCUGUUGCUGCCGGCAGAUAAGGUGCCCAAAACUAUGGCCAGCCAGUCACCUACUGUGCGAAGAAAAAUGUUGAUUACAGUGAUGUCAUCACGUGAAAAUACAAGCACUGCACAGUCGGCUGCUAAGCAGAGCAUGACAACCACAAGUGCUUCUUCAGCAGGUGUGAUAUUAUAAUGUUGUACAUGCACCUUUUACCACAGGCUCCUUUUACCACACUCCCAGCCAGAGCUAGUGUUCAAAGCUCAACUUUUUUAACAGUCACAUUUUGGCAACCUAAAGUUAUAAAAUGAUAGCCAGACAUAAAAAUGAUAUUGGUUUUAUAAAUUAUAAAAUAAUUAUGUAUAUUGCAUGAAAGAUUUAAUGAAUCGAAACGGUUGCCAAACUGCUACAUCCAAAUGUUUGCAGCAGCAAAUAGCAUCUUAACGCCUGUGUCCAGGUAUUAAAAAACCCGGACACUCAUGUGAAAGAGGCAAAGUAAGAAAAAAAAUUGAGUGUAAUACACUGUAAACAAUGUUCAUGCAAAUGUUUGUCAUGCUCUUGCACAAGAAGGACCAUGAACUCUAACUAUUUAAAACACUAUUGUUUCGCAGCAUUAAUAAAAAACACAGGUUGUCAAGGUAGUGGCUUUUGCUGCAGUUAAUAUUUUUAGUCAUCAUUUUUCUUUUCUACUAGCCAUGGGGACAAGAAAUAGUUGCAACUUGGAGUGCUUUAAGCAUUAGGGGUAAUCCAGAGUUUAAAACCGUCAGGCAUGCCUGUAAAUUAUAGUCAUCUGGUUGCUUCCUGCCAGUUCACAGUUGUUGAUCCUGUUACUUACAUUUGUAUUUUUUUUUUUGAAAGUACUCAAGUUAGGCUCAGUUCAAACUUCAAACUUUUCAUACGCCACUUCCACAUUUCCCAUAAUACACCUUAUUUGCCCCCCCAAAAUUUUGCAUAAACUUUGUUUUUCAUUUCUCCUGGGUACUACAGCAGUCCCAAGAGAAAUUGAAAACAAUGCUUAUGCAAAGUUUUGGGGGGCAAAUAAUGUGCGUUAUGGGAAAUGUGGAAACAGCGUAAUCCCCACAAAGAAGUCCAUGAAAAGAUCAACGUUUGAAUCGAUUAAGUCUCACAUAUCUAAUUUGGGUGGACCCAUGAAUUUAGUUGGAGUUGCCCGCAUGGGAAUUUUAACUAAGGAGCGACUUUGUUUCAUACAUUGAACCUUUCAUGAGCCAAACUAAAUUUGCAUAAAUUAUUGUAAUUUAUUUUCUCUGGUAAACAUUUUAGACCAUUGUAGAUAAUUGUGAAAAUGAAUUGAAUUGAAUUGAAUUAAGUUCAACGUCUGAAUCAACCACUGAACUUGUAUCAUUUGGGUUGACCCAAAUUGCUAUUAAGUUCAAUACAUGAAAUAGUCAACGUUUGAACAGCGCCUUGAGUUCCUCUAAAUAACUAGAGCAGCUAAUUGCACUUGCUCUUUCAACAAAGCUUCAUAUUUUACAUUGUUAUUUUGCAGAAUUUAGAAUUUGUUUCUGCGAAGUUGACACCAGUUUGUUAAACAGUGAAAGUUCCCUUUAGAAUCACACUCCUUUGGCAGAAUUAGCCCCAUUCAGUAGAGCACUUGACUGUAGAGUGGGAGGUCGUAGGUUGAAUUCUCGGGCCUGGACCAAUACUCAGGGUCUUAAAAUAACUGAGAAAUGAAGGUAUUGCAUUUCUGAUUUGCCUUGCAAAUGGCUAGACCUUGCAUGGCUCGGAUGGAUAAAAUGGCAGUCCCGUCUCCAGUAGGUGACAAAAAAUAGUGUCCCCAAUUAGUACUUUUGUGCUAAAUAAAUUGACACUGGAAAAGUGCUUCUUUUUUUGUUCCUAAUUUACCUGUGAAAUAAUUCUGUUCAUUGCAUUGUGUAGGAGAUCAACAGAGGCCUGAUUCCGCUGUGCAGUCAAUUACCUCACCAAUCAUGAGUACACAGGAAAGUGACAGCAACACAGGUACAACAGCAACAGAACCCAGCAAAGAAGUAACAACAGAUGUUUCUCAUCCUGAUGGAAAAUCACCAGAUACAAGUGUCAAGAGUUUAGUGUCUGUUGUUAAUAACACUUCAGCUCUGGGUUCUUCAGCCAAAGAUUCUUCAGGGGAGGAUACCACAGGUCACCCAAGCUCUGUGCCUGACGUGGUUAAUGAAAGUGAAGGGAAAAGUUCAGAAGAUGCUGAGCCUGAGUUGAAAGAGUCCACUGAAAGCACAGAAUCAGCUGCUUCAUCUUCUGGAGACACUAACACACCCACUGACCCAUGUGGAAAAACUCAGGCUGGCGGUAAAUCUGUGAGUGCAGAUUCAAUGGGCAGUGAGGACACUGGUGGGUUAGAUUUCCUAGGAUCGAGCUUAUUACCCAGCGAUAUGGCAUUAGAUCAUCUUCUCAAGGACAUGACAGGCAAUGGUUCAGGUGGUGAAGCCAGUGCCAUGUCGCCUCUUGAUAUAUCUGAAGUCAUUAGUAGUUUUGGAGAGUUGCCAGAUGAGUCCAGUGCUACUGUCACUGAUGAUGCUGUAACCACCACAGUGCAAGGUGCAGCUUGUGACUCUGAUACCGAGACCAGAAGCAGUAGCCAGGGUAGCACUGUUGGUGAUGAUAAUAACCUCGCUACCAGGAGACAGUCUCCCAGGCGGGGACCUUCUGCCACCAAGUUAACACCAGUGAGUUCUUUGGCAGAAACUUCAUCGCCCAAUACAUCAGGUACGUUUAAACUUGAACCUGUAGCUAGGUUCAGAGGACUUAAAUUUCCGCCCCCCACCCCCCACCUCCACUCCCCACAUAUCCUAUUGCUUAGAAGGAAUGGAUGUCAGUUCAUUUAUCCACAACCCCGCACUGAAUUUUAUAAAAGAAGCCUUUGUUAUAGUGGUGGUGUGCUGUGGAACAGCUUGCCUUUGGAGGUCAGACAAUCGACCUUCAUGUAUGUUAAAGAAGCUCAAGUUUGAUAGUGAUUAUUACUUAAUUCAAUAGCGUUGUGUAAUUUCACACACGGCUUCCUUAAAAUAGAAGGUAAUUGUGCCUGUAGGAGUUACAGUGUUUAAAUAAAGUUUACCUUGCCCUCCCCUCUCUAAUAAGUCCCCCUUUUUUUCAGAGGAAAAAGGUUCAGCCCUCUCCCUUCCCCCACCCCCACCCCCACCCCCCCUUUCCUUACUGAAUAUUCUUCACAACCAAAUUAAUAAUGAUAGACUGUAUAUUUAAUUAAUCCCCACUUAAUUACUUCAUGAGAACUGUUCCGGUGUGGUCUAUUCAGGUACUGGUAGUUGAAAUUUUUUUUCAUCUUUGGCUGCAUGACCUCCAGCUUCAUGUGCUUCAGCUUUUCCACUUUGCUUUCUAGUUCGUUAUUGAGGAUUGAUUUCAUGUUCUGGUCGUUUGAUUAAUAGCAGUAUAGCGCCCCGUUUCGCUUUGGAGGAUCCAGCUUAAAGCACUUAUCCUAGGCUUACCUAGGAUAAGUUGAACAAGUUCAACAAGUUCAAGUAAAGAUAGAGCUAACUAUACUUUGAAUUAAACAUAACAAAGGAAAAAAAGAGUUUAGCAGCCAAAGGAGCCAAGCUUUCGAGUUGGCUGCUACCACAGAGCAGUUACAAGUGGGUGGAGGUUAUACUCUCCACCCGCGAUCUUUAUCAUCACGCCAUCAUUGUCCAAUUAUUUUCUUUCUAUUUUUUUUCUUUUGUUUUUCUUAACACCAAGCUGUAAAUUUGGUUUGCAUGUUAUGGGUGGGGCUUAUACAUAGGCUCAGGGUAAAUCAUGAAUUGAACCAAGUCCCUGGUUUCUUUCAGAAGCAUCAGACAACGAAGAUGGAAGCCCCCCAAGAAAACGUCGAAAAACCCCAACAAGAUCCUCUGUGCGUUCCUCCACCCAAGUCACCUUCGUUCCUGAUAAAGAUGUCGCCGGUAAAGCGUUAACAUCAAAGCCAAAGGCACGAAAAUAGUUUUUUCUCUUGUUUACUUUUCUGCGUAGUAACAGAAAUGACAUUUAUUCAUUUUUGCUAAACAAAACAUUACUACAGCUCUCUGUUCAUCCUUGAGUGGUUAAAAAAAAGCUAGUGACAACAUUUGGCUGUCAAGUGUGUUUAAUCUCCAAAGGGUUUCUUCUUUGAAAUACCUUAACUUUGGGGCCUACGUGCCCUGUAUUGUUUUGUCUCAACAUUCGUAUAAUAAUAGCAGUUUUAGUGAGGACAAAAGUUUCCUUUGUGGCGUAAUGUGUAUCGGAGAAGAAAGCAUAAAAAUUACGACAAAUAUAUAAGUAUGUUUACAUCUAAUUAUUUCUAAUCACAAGGCUUUGCUAGGAUUAUAAUUGAAUUUUAAACCUUUUACUCAUAUACGCAGUACAGUCUUUUUUGGGCUUGUAAGUCGUUAGGCUAUACGUUGCACUACUUGAUGUUUCAAAAGUCUCGUUUCUAGUUUCUGUCGAAGAUUUGAAGAAUUAGACCACCUUCGUACUUGUUUCGUUGUUGAAAUACUGCGUGUAAAACUGAACUCCUGUAAAAAUUCGUCUAUUUGAAGUGUUAAAUUGAUCAGAAUCCACUUGUUUUGCGCGCGUGUAAGGAGGUGACUUGUUAUUAGUUACCUUCCUCCAGACUUUCAUACAGAGAAAGGAGGAGAAAAAAAAAAUAGAAAUAUUUUAAAUUCUAAUCAGGGUUUUUGAUAUGGGGUGAGGCUAGAAGGCAAUUGUUAGCCACUGUCUAUUGAGCAACAGACUGACAGUGAUUAUAUGGUAUUGUUAGGAGCUACUUUUUUUAGUAACGACCGCAUUAAACUUCUAUUUCCAUAUUGUAGACCACUGAGAUAUAUUUAUCCUUAGCGAUGCGGUUGGUAGCUUAAUCACCGUUUAAGAGAAAUUUUUGAGCAUAUGUGGGUAUUUAGAUAGGGAUAUGCAUCUCAGAGCAUGAUUUCGUAGU